AUGGCGACUACAUGUGCGCCGUUGGGAAGUGCGCCGGUGCUGUCCACGCCAGAUACGCACAUCUUCGAGCAUGACACAGGCGUAGCAGAUACGGGCAGCAGUGUUACAACAUUGUCGGACGAGCAGAUAUCUCUGACUUAUGAGAUCGAGCGUACUGUUCGCGAGAUCCGUGCUCGAAGAUACAAAAGGAUUGCCCUGCAAUUCCCGGAUCACAUGCUCACCGAUGGGCCCAGGGUUUAUGAGCAAUUGCGGAAGACACUGGCGCAAUCACUGAAACAGCAGCAACAGGAGAAGGAAAAGAAGAAGAGCGACCAAGAGCCUCUCGCGGAUGGAACUGUCGAAGAGACGACCGAGAGACUGUUCAUACUGGGCGACACGUCAUAUGGCUCGUGUUGUGUCGACGAAGUGGCUGCGGAGCAUGUCGAUGCCGACGUCGUGGUUCAUUAUGGGCGCUCCUGUCUCUCACCGCCCUCAAGGCUGCCUAUCAUCUAUGUCUUCACGGAGCGACCCUUAGAUGUCGAUGCUAUGGUUGCCACGUUCCAGCAGACAUACCCAGACAAGCAAGCCAAAAUCAUACUCAUGGCAGACAUACCCUAUUCGCACCAUGUCCCCAUACUACAGAACGAACUACACAGCAGAGGCUACACGAACACAUACGCUACUGGGAUUGUCCAUAAUCCCUCCUCCCUCCUCCCCAAUCGAACCAUCCCUCCUGGAGCCGACACAGAAGACAGGCUUCGCUCCUACGCCCUCUUCCACAUCUCGGACCCGCCAACCGCCCUCCUCCUUACCCUUUCCUCCCGCGUUGCCUCCAUCCACAUCUAUCCUACCACAUCUAUGUCGCCCACCCCACCCGCCUCCCAAGCCAAUGCCGCCCAAUCCCUCCGCCGCCGCUACGCCCUCCUCACCUCACUCGCCACAACCCCCGUCUUCGGCAUUCUUAUCAACACCCUCUCCGUGAAGAACUACAUGCACAUCCUGUCGCAUGUCCAGCGCCAAAUUGCCGCUGCCGGAAAGAAGUCAUACACUUUUGUUGUGGGCAAAGUCAACGCCGCCAAAGUGGCCAACUUCAGUGAAGUGGGCGGCUGGGUGGUGAUUGGGUGCUGGGAAAGCAGUCUGAUCGAAAGCAAGGAGUUUUGGAGGCCGAUGAUUACGCCCUGGGAGCUGGGUGUUGCACUGAAGAGCGACGAUGAGCGUGUGUGGACGGGGUCUUGGGAGGCGGAUUUCCAGCGCGUCUUGGACGCAAAAUCCGAUGAGGGGGAAGCGGGUGGUGAAAGUACCGCAACGGAGAGCACGGAAAGUGGGCAGGACCUCGAGCAGCACGAAAAUGGGGACUACGACUCUGAGGAGGAAUCCGCGCCCCCCGAAUUCGAUCUGAGAACAGGUCGCUACGUCUCUCACUCCCGUCCCAUGCGCUCCACCAACACCGUUUCCAUGCAACAAACCCUCCCCAAGGAAACUUCUACACCUACCACCAGCUCCGCGCUCACAAUGAGACAAAAAGCAGACGUUGCCGCUGUCGGAGGCGUUAUGUCACCGGGUGCCGCGUACCUUCGCUCCCAGCGAACUUGGCAGGGUUUGGGCAGCGAUUACCAGACACAAGAAGGGGAAGAAGGACAGCAUCCUACUGGGCGUGCACACGCAGCUAAGAUGGAAGAGGGGAGGAGUGGUAUUGCGAGUGGUUAUGUGGUCGGUGAGCAGACUAGCAGACAUUGA